AUGUCCGUUCUGCAGAUCGCGGUCCUGGCGUGCGCCGUGGCGGUCGCCAGCGCCGGGUUCUACCCCAGCGCCGCCGUCGCACUCACGGCGGCCAGCCUGCAGCAACAGCAGCAGCAGUCUCAGCUGCAGCAGCAGCGCGCACUGGCCGCCGGGGGCGGCGGAGGUGCCUCCGGGGGCGGCGGCGCGCCGGGGCAGACGCUGACGUACUACACGGCGGGCCCGGUGACGUACCAGCCCGCGGGCCCGCCGGCGGCCAUCGCGUACCACCCGGCGGCGCCGCUGGCUUACGCAGCGCCCGCCGCCGCCGUGGCCGUGCACCCCGAGGGCGUCGCCUUCCACCCGGGCGCGCCGCUCGCGCUGCACCCCGCGGCGCCCGUCGCCUUCCACGCGGCGACGCCGCUGCUGUACCACGUGCCCGCCUCCGCGCACGCGCAGAACGCCGGCUCUUCCUCCGGCAAGGGCGACGGCGGCGGCGACGGCGGCUCCUCCUCCUCGCACUUCACCUUCGACGGCCUCGGGUACAACUACUCAUACUAG